UUGAAGUCCAAUGGCAACCAGAGAGCCAAGAAACGAAAUGCUCAGAGCUGAAAACGGAAAAAUAGACGAAGAAGAAGGGAAAUGGAUCACUCACUAUUCAUCAAACCAUCAAAUACUGUUAGUUGGUGAAGGCGAUUUCUCUUUCUCUUUGUGUUUGGCCAAUGCCUUUGCCUCUGCUUCCAACAUUUAUGCUUCUUCUCUAGACUCCUAUGAUGAUUUGAAGAAGAAAUACAAGAACGCAGUGUCAAAUUUGGGAAAUCUUGAGAAGCUAGGGGCAUCAUUGCUCUUUGAAGUGGAUGCAACCAAAAUGAAGCAUCAUAUUGUCUUAGCCAAUCAAAAGUUUGAUCGAAUCAUCUUCAAUUUCCCACAUGCUGGCUUUCAUGGAAGGGAAGAUAAUGCUCGUAUGAUUCGGAUGCAUAAGAACCUUGUACAAGGUUUCUUUAGGAGUGCAAGCGGCAUGCUUCGAGCUAAUGGUGAAAUCCAUGUAAACCACAAAACCAGCACUCCAUUUUGCCUGUGGGAUCUUGAGGAAUUAGCUUCCGGAAGCUCUCUGGUGUUGAUUCAGCUUGUGGAUUUCAAUAUCAAAGAUUACCCUAGUUAUCAAAAUAAGAGAGGGGAUGGUUCGAGAUGUGAUGCGCCCUUUCCUCUCGGUGAGUGCAGUACCUUCAAAUUCGGUCUUCUCCCUCGAUCUACGAAAGUGUAUAAAGCAACCUCAAGACUGCGUUCAAUGCGUAAAAGGUUUCGGCUCUUUCAAACCAUUCAAAUGCCAAUGCAGCCGCAGCCAACUUCUGAUUUCAACUGUCCUCAGAGGAAUCAUACUGUGGAUCACAUCCCACUGCAUGUUGAGUUGCCCUCUACCACCUCCAAUAGGAAUCAAUAUUCCGAGGUCUUAGAUAGAAACUUAAAUGGUUUGAUACGAAAAUAUGAACGGAAUCGUUAUGGUGUGGCAUAUCCUGAAAGAUUGGGGUAUGAUUUUGAUACCAUUCCAAUGCCAAUGCAGCUGCAACCAACUUGUGAUUUCAACUAUGUUCAGAGGAAUCAUAUUGUGAAUCACAUCUCACUGCAUGAUGGGCUGCCCUCUACAAUUCCCAAUGGGAAUCGAUACUCCGAGGUUUCCGACAGAAAUUUAAAUGAAUUGGUCCGAAAAUAUGAACGGAAUAGUUAUGGUGUGGUAUAUCCUGAAAGAUUGGGGUUUGAUUUUGAUGCAAGAUAUGAACGGAGGCGUGGUCCUGACAGACAAAUGGUAGAGUUGCCAAGAACCUCAAAUGGCAACUUAAAUUACAAGCACGAGCAUGAACAUGAGCUUCGCCGGAUCGACAAUUUGAGGCCAUAUCUGCGCGAGGCAUUAGCAUGUCAAGCCUACCAGCUGAAUGCGCCUAAUAGAUGGGGUAUUCGCCGUUUAUAA